UAUAGUGUUACAUUUGACUAGUACAUUAUCCUCCAUUCGACAUGGCCGUCUUCAUGAUAAACAUCUGUAAAUUUAAUGGCUGUGGCAUAACAUUUCCACGAUUAGCGGAUUUAAUUGAACAUAUUGAAGACGUCCACAUCGACUAUGAUCCCGCAGUCAUUGAACAAAAAGAAGCCUCUCAGCCAGCAUGCAUACCCCUUAGUUACGUAUUGAAAUUUUUCACCGAAGCGUCGAGACGGGAGAUUCAAAACAUGCCGACAGCCGACGUUCGCCGCCGUUUAGUUUCCGCUCCAAAAACACCGUCCGUUCGAAGCAGUACACCCACAGGAAGCGAGGUUGAUGAGGAUGAGAUGAUGAGUCCAUCGGAGGACAGCAAUGACUCCUGGACCACCGUGGAGGAGUAUAGCUCAGAGUUCAUACUUCGAUAUGGUGUCAAAAUGAACGCGAGCGCGUCGUCUGGCGCGCUAGGUCCGGCUGCUCAAGAGAAACCGUUCGCAUGUCCCGUUCCAGGUUGUAAGAAAAGAUAUAAGAACGUCAACGGUAUAAAAUACCACUCGAAGAACGGACACAAGAAGGACGGGAAGGUAAAAAAGGCCUACAAAUGCCAAUGCGGCAAAAGCUACAAAACGGCGCAAGGCCUUAAAAGUCACUCGAUAACUCAUCACAUCGAGAACCGGCCGCAUAAGGUCCCGAGUCUUCCAGGCCUGGUGGUGACGGCCUCUCCGGCCCGGCAUAUGGAUAACAUUGAUACCAAACUAGUCCGUAUCUACGACACCAUAAAACCCAAAGACCUCCCAUUUAUUCCCAAACAUAAUCUCACCCAAUUCAGCAUCAUCAGCGCCAACCAGGCGCAAUCCCUCCGGCAUUCGGUUCUGUUAGCUCCUAAUUCGGACAAAUUUAAGGAGAGGUCACCUAAAGUCACGGUCACCCAAGAAUCUUAUGACGUGUCCAGCAUAACACAAGCCAGCGACCGUAGAGGCUAAACGAACCAGUUCCUAUAUGAAAAUUGGAGGUGUUUUUCAGUCUGCUUCUUUUGCACCUUCGCAUAGUUAAUUUUCUCAGAAGUCAUUGUUUUGUUUUUUUUUUAUUAUUUUUGUUUUAGUUAGAAUUGUUUGCUGUGAUUUUUAUGUUAUUUUGUUACCAAAGUGAUAUAAAUCGCUAGAUUAGGUGAUCCAUAGGAUUUGUCGUAUUUAUUGCAAUUUUAUUUCGUCAUUUCCCUGCUUCUUUUGAUUAUAGACAGGGUAAUAGUUGUUUUUUUUUCCUCAAUACUCCGCUAACUGCUAAGGUAUGUAUGUAGAUCGUGCCAUUCUCAUCUGUACUUAAUGUAUUAGCUUACAUUAUCCUUAUAGAUGUAGGAUUUUUGUAUUUAAGGUGAAAAAAAAAAAAGGAAAAUACAAAAAUAGCAUUCGCUGUUAAGGAUCCGAUAGGAUAUUAAAUAUACUCGUAAAUGUGAUAAUAUUAUAGAAAAUGUAAAAAAAAAAAAUGCUUGUAAGCGUAUACUUAUAAUAAAAUAGCACUUAAGGCUGAUUUAAAUUCUCUUUUUUAUGUAAGAGGUAUGCUUUUUAAUAGCUUAUUUUGAUGUGUAUGUGAGAGGCGGAGGAAUUUUUACGUGAAUACUUUUUUUUUUUUUAAAUUUAAAUAUUUAAAAAAAAUAAUCCUAUAUUUCAGAUGUUUGUGCCUUUUUAUUUAGUGACCGGUUCAAUGCGAACGUUGGAUAUGAUUUAAUUGUUGUUAAGCAAUGUCUUGCCUUGACGUUUUGGACCUUGGUAACCGAAAUUACUGUUAUAUAUCGAAAAUGGUGCUUAAAACAAGGGAUGUAGGAGUGUAACUCUAUAAAAUUGGUCUAGUUUAGCGUCCAAGGGGGCGCUUUAGUGAUAUUACUCGUGGGAAAACCUUCGCUUAAGCCAAAGACAGAAAGUUAUUCGUCUUUUUUUUUCCAUACUUAAUAUAUUAACAUGUUUUUGUCUUUACCAAAACGUGUUUAGUCUUUAUUUAUUUUUUUUAAUUUAGGAAAAUGUUCGAAUAUCAAAAUAUUAGAAGGUAUACAUUUUCUUAAGUUCUUUCACCCGUUAUAUAGUUGGCUGGUUUAGACAAAUAUUAAUAUUGAAUGAUGUAUAAUAACAAGCUUUCACUUCAUCCUGAAUGAAUUUCAAAGAUUUCUAAAGGAUUUAAACGGAAUUCUCAUAUCGGUGUUUUUUUUUUUUUUUAGUUAAUAAAGACUGAUCUUUGGAAUGUUGAAACUUAUUGCUUGUGUUUUUGCAACGGCAAUAAUUUUGUUAUACGUCAAAUGUAUGUUUAUUUAAUUUAUUCGUUAACCGUAUAAAGACAUGAGAGUGCUCAGUAUUUCUUGUUUAAUUUACUAAAAAAAUAAUAACAGGCAGCUGAGGAGGUAGUUUUGAAUUGUUGACUUAUAUAUAUAUUGUGAGACUUUAAAUUAUUAUUUUUUUAUUUUAAUCACCAAGGAGGUCGAUAGAUUUAGUUAAACCUCUUUUUUAGAAUCUUAAUGAGAUGAAUUGUUGAUGGAAAUGUCUGGAUUUCAGUAAAUUUGUGUGCUCCAUACUUAAGGCACAACGAGUUUUUUUUUUUUACUGGUGAUUGAUUUUAUAUCAGGAUAGCAGUUCGAAGCUUUGAUGGUCGCAAGUCUUUGAAGGUUUAGAAAAAGUAUUGACAUUCAGUCAAUUAGAGAAAGACCAAUUUUUAAUGAUAUUGUAAAGGUUUCUGAGGUGGAUUUGAUGACAUUAUCAGAGAUUUCCUAUGUAAAGAUAUAAUUGUCCUAUAUAUUUAUAUGUUCAUACGAGGUUGUGAAACUUAUUGUCCUUUAUAGAUAUCAUCUAUACUAUCACAUUAUUUAAGCGUUUUAUCCGAGAUGUGCGAUUUCCAUACAUUUAUGACUAUAAUAUAUUGAAUGUUUUAAAUUAUCCGCUUUAAUGAUUCGCGAUGUUUUAUGUUUUUAUUCAAAGUUAAAAAUAUAUAUAUGUGUGAAUAUAAUUUUUUGUACCGAUUUUGUAAAGUAGCGUAAGACCCCAUUCGUUCGGUGUUUAAUGAUUGCGACAACGCAUGUAAUGUGUCGUUACAAAUUAAUAAUAAAGCCAAUAUGCAAUCACGCCA